ACCGCGCGGGUUAAAGUACAUUUUGAAUAUUUCGCCUUUCGUUACUUCAUUCGUUAACCGUCCAGAGAAAUUAAAUUGAUAGGUUUCUAAAGCCUUUAAAACUAGAAAACCUCGAAAAUGUUACACUACGGAAGAUACUUCGAGCCGUUCAGUCGCGCCUCUGGAUCCAGCCGAGACUUCCAGGAACAACCAGGAACCAAUUGGGUCCCAUGGUCAGCGGAUGCCGGUAUUCAUCCCACCAACGCGGUCCGUGGAGGAACGGAUUCGGAUGGAUCGGAAAUCUACAUCGGCCGCGCCUCUCACUGCGGGCACAUGCUGCCGGCCAAGGUGAUCCCUAUUCGUCGGGUGGCUUACGUUUCCUACGACGGCAUCGAAUACUCGAAGCCACAUUUUGAGGUCCUUUGCGGUCUUGGCUACACUUGGGUCCCCAACAAUGGUGAAGAUCUUCCGAAGGGUGCGGUAUUGAGUGGAACCAGCAACUACGGGGAGCCGUUCUACAUCGGCCGUGCCCAUCACGAUGGAAGCAUCACUCCCGGAAGGAUCAACCGGAAGGAUCGAUGCGUGUAUGUACCAUUCGGAGGGUAUGAGCAUGCCCACUCCACCUACGAGAUUCUCGUUGAUACCAAAAGACAUCAAAAACAAAGUGUAGGUGGACACUGGCAGCAGGCACAUAUCAAAGGAGCUGUUCCGGCAGGAGCUCUUCUGGCUGGAUACGACAGUGAUGGUUCCGACAUCUACCUGGGUCGAGUCUAUCGCUACGGGAUGGUUCUUCCGGCCAAGGUUAUGCCAAGGAAGAAGAUGUGUCACGUUGGCGAUGAAGGAUUGGAGUUCGAGGUGGCCGAAUACGAGGCACUUUGUAAUGCAAACGUUUCCUGGGUCCCGUUCCGUGGAGUUAUUCCAAUGAACGCUGUUGUUUGUGGUGAAGAUAGAAUUGGAGGAAAGAUGUACUUUGGUCGGGGUCGUUACGAAGGUAGCUUGACUCCGGGAAAAGUGAUCGAGGACCAGAAGCUGCUGAAGAUCCCUUACAACUUCAAGGAGAUCCCGUUGCGUGAAUUCGACAUCCUGGUGGAUAAUAGCAAUCCUUCGACACAGUGUAUUCGAUCGUUGGAUUGGCAGAAGGGCAGCAGCAAAUCGACGGUGCCAAAAGGAGCCGUACUCGCUGGUCACGAUACCGAUGGAUCACCAAUCUAUUUGGCUCGGGUAAUGUUUGAAGGUAAUCAAUUGCCGGCCAAGGUAAUCCCGAGGAGAGGAUUGUGCCGUACCAGCCAUAGUGGCAAAGCGAUCGAAGUCGCUUCGUACGAAGCCCUGUGCAAUGCUCCCGUUUCCUGGGUUCCGUUCCGGGGAACGAUCCCAGCCAAAGCUAUCGUUUGCGGUCGCACCCUGUGGGGUGAAACGGUUUACUUCGGACGUGGACACUACAAGGGCAGCUUGACUCCCGGAAAGGUGUUGGAGCAUCAGAAGGUGCUGAAAAUCCCCUACGAUUGGAAUGAGUUCACUGUUCGAGAUUUCGAAAUUUUGGUUGAGUACUAGAAAAUUUAUGUAUACGAAUCAAAUCGAUCAGAAAGAUGAAACGUCGAACAAUAAUCAUUUAUAUUUAAUGAAUUCUCAUGUCACUACAUAACUACCUUAUUAUAAUUUCGAGUUGAAUCAUCUUUGUUGUAAAGAAAAUAUAAAAAAUAAACGUUAUUUAAUUGCGGCCAGCCAAAAUUCCUUACCAUGUUGUGUACUCGAAAAUAUUCACAAUUAAAAAAUUAAAACUUCUUAUUACAUUGGAUAUCCUAUAUUUAAAGAUCAUUCGGCCAAAGCUUCAUAGGGGACUCCAGCUGGGUUUGGGUAUGUUUCGAGGUAUGGCAUAGGCUUCAUCUUGUUGGAAAACAACAACCUCGGGUUAAACAUAUUCCAAAUUACACACAGAUUAUUUUAUUUAUUUUCGUAAUAUUCCGUCUCACGACAUAACUUGACAACCAUAAUUCCUAAAAUUCAUUCGAUUCAUGGCGUUCUCUAGUUUCAUAUAGAUUUCCAACCAUUUUUUUUUUAAUUGAACACUGAGAUUCAAGCCAAUUCAACCUGGAGCUUACUAUCAUUGGCGCUUUUCAAUGCUCGUUCAUUUCAAACAGCACGAUACCUACUGUUGUUGUUGCUUGCGAUGAAAUAAGCGUGCGUCUAGCUUACAGAGGCUGGGCGUUCAUACAUAACGGAAAAGAAAUUUAACGUCCUGAAUUUUCAAAUUCUGUCUUCUAUUAAAAAGUUAUUUCAAAUUUUAAGAAAAGAUUUGUAUGUCGGGAAGUGUCAAGAAAAUAUGUUCAUGUUAUAUUUACAUCUUUUAAAAUGCGGUAACUUUCUACUCUUCUUUUCAUCGUGAGAAGUGUCGAUUGCAUACCUAAUGUGUGCAAGUCAUUAUCAGCAUUCUCUCCUGUUUUAUACAUGUACACAAAAAUCAAACAAAUCAUUCAUUGGUUUUAUUGAAUGAAAAAAAAUCUGAAUUUGGCAUGUGCCAACAACAUUGUCACGAGUAGACCAAUCAAAUUUGACGAAAAUUAAGUCAUAAACCAAAUUACCAUCUACCAAUUCGAAGUUUUUUUUUCUCUCUCUCUCUCGUGGUCAAUAAAUUGACGGCACGUGUAGACUUGAUAACUGCGCGGCAAGCAUAUGCUGUAAAAUAAUAAACCGGUUCAUUGGUUCCAAAGAUGCUGUAUGUACAUUUUUUUCACCUAAUUAAGAUGAUACCGCGAAAGUAUGAACUGCGGCAUAUGAAUUGAUUCAAUUGUUAGGUCAAUUAUAGUGGAGAAAAAUGGCAAAGUAAUGCUCGAUAAUCGAUUGGUGUGUUACUUGCAAGCGUUUGGAAACAUCAAUAUAAUUGUUAAAUUUUCUUAAAAUCAUGAACAAAGAAUGGCUUGCGCCAAGUAGAAAACCUGAAUAAGCUGUUGAGAACUCAAAAAAAAUCUUAUUCCAGAAUAACAAGAAACAAAAAAUUGGAGCCCAAUUAACAAACAAAUAUUGCUAACCCAUCAUUUGCUGAUUUUAUGAAAGAAAGAAGCUGGAAGAUGGCUCGGAGAGUUUCGAUAACUGUAUGAUGUAUGUAUAUCGAUUUCUUUGUCUAAUUUUCAAUACGUUUCACACGUUAGAUUUCUUAGAUUUGAUUUAUUUUUUGCUUCAAUCUUAGUGCCUAUAGCAUCUUAAAAAGUAGAUAUAUAAUAUA